AUUUCUCACCUAAAACCAUAUAUAUACUUUCCGAAUCACCACUCUUAAUCGAUUAUUUAACUUAGCUAUCAAUGAGUUCCUAACUCUUAUAUAAUAUAAUAUAAUAUAGUAAGUAUUUUUUACCAAAAAUAUAGUAAGUAUUUACAUUUUGAAAAAAAAAAUUUACAUUUUGUAUCUCCUUAAUUUUUUUAAAAUUCGACUGGGUUGUAUGUUUGGAACGCAUGAUGAUUACUUUUCUCUAAGUUUUCCAAAAUAAUAAGAAAGUAUCGAGAUGGUAUUAUCUUUAGGUAAAUUUCCUUGCACUAGACAAUUACUCUAGUAUCUUCAGCCAUAAGAUGAUAUGACAAAAGACAAAACAACCGUUUAAUCUUUUGGCAAACAAUAUCAUUUCAAAAGACAUUAUAAUAAUAACAACAUAUUGUUUUUUCAUUUUCUUCCGUGGGUCUCCCCCAUAUAUUAAGGACCUUGGUAAAUUUGAGCAAGAUUAUAACAGUUGGUGGUAAAAUCUUCUUUGUAGGUAUAAUAAGCAUGUAGGAAUAAGUUAGUUGGAGCUGUAAACAGUUAGUUGAUGACCGUUAGGUUUAACACCUACGUUUCAAUUUUUCCCCGGGAGAGAGAUUAAAAAACAGAGGAAUAGAGAGAAAACAAGAGAAGGAUAAAAGAUCAAUGGCAAAAUGAAGGAAGAAGAGAGACAUGGUUCAUCAUCCGAUUCUUCUUCUUCGUCUUCUCUUCCUGUGAGCUACGGAGUUGACUACGAAAAAUACAACUUCUCUUCUUCUGUUUCUUCUCUUUCUCGACCGUUUUCUCCGGAAGGAUCAAGCAGCAAGAGCUGUGUUCUGGAAAAUAAUCUUUCCUCUGUUUUCUCGUUGGACCAUGACGACAGUCUCCCCAUCUUAUCUAGAGAUAGAACAUGUUCUUGUGUCCAUCUUGGCUUCCAGUGGAUUCUGCAGAGGUGUUGUGGCUGUUUCUGUUAGCCUUUCUUUUGCCACUCUUAAUACCUCUGGCUUAAUAUGAUACCAUCAUUGUAGGACUUAUUCUACUCUUUUCAAUCUCUUCUUAUGUCAUAUUGCAAUUUGAAUGAAAUGAAAGCGUAUAUUAAAGCUAAAACCACUAAAACACAGUUUACAGGCAAUUUAAUUGAAUUGUAGUUUUAUGUUGUGAAUUAAAA